GUCAUUUGAGGAAAAGAUGUUUUGCAUUUUGAUGACAAUUGAUUUUUUCUUCUAUAGUUUGUACAUUUUGAGUCCUAAGAAAAUAUUUACCCAACUCAGGAUCUCAAUGAUCUGUCCCUAUGUUUCUGUCUAGAAGUUUUAUUGUUGUAACUAUUACUUUUUAGGUCUAUGAUCCAUUUUGCUUCAAUUCAUUAAAUUGUGUAGGGUAAGGAGUUGAAUUUUGUUCAUCUUUGUAUUUGUUUUGCUUAUUCUAGCAUUAUUUGUUGAAAAUGCUGUCCUUUCUCCAUUGAAUUACCUUGGGACCUUUGUCAAAAAUUGAUAGGCCAUCUAUGUACAGAUCUAUUUUGGACUCUUUUUUUUUUGUUUUUUUCUUUGAGACAGAGUCUUGCUGUGUCGCCAGGUUGGUGUGCAGUGGUGUGAUCUCGGCUCACUGCAACCUCCGCCUCCUGGGUUCAAGCGAGUCUCCUGCCUCAGCCUCUGGAGUAGCUGGGACUACAGGUGCAUGCCGCCACACGCAGUUAAUUUUUGUAUUUUUGGUAGAGACAGGGUUUCACCAUGUUGGCAAGGAUGGUCUCGAUCUCCUAAUCUCUUGAUCCACCCGCCUCAGCCUCCCAAAGUGCUGGGAUUACAGGCGGGAUCUUUUUCAAAAUUCUUUUAACCAUGUAACUCCUUUGCAUUUCCAUAUAGAUGUUAAGAGUCAGCUUGUCAAUUCUACAAAGAAACCUGGUGGGAUUUUUACUGAGAUUUAGAUCAUCUUGAGGAUAAUUACCUUAAUGAUAUAGAUUCUUCCAAUCCAUGGACAUGUUAUAGUACUCUACUUUAUCCAGGUCUUCAUCUUACCAAUGUUUUGACAUUUUAAGUGUACAAGGCUUGCAUAUAUUUUGUUAAUUUUAUGUUUUGUGCUUUUUGAUGUUAUUUUAAAUGGCUGUGAUUUUUAAAAUUCAAGUUCAAAUGGUUUGUUCCUAGUAUAUAGAAAUACCAUUGAUUUUUGUAUAUUGACCUUGUAUUCUAUAACCCUAUUAGUUCUGCUGGCAUUUUUGUAGAUUCUUUAGGAUUGUUUAGGUUCAUAUUGUAUGUGGAUAAACACAAUUUUACUUCUUCCUUUUAAAUUAUGUUCACUGCAGCCUCGACCUCCUGGGCCCACGUGAUCCUCCCACCUCAACCUCCCAAGUAGCUGGGACCACAGGGAUGCACCACCAAACCCGGCUAAUUUUUUUAUUUUUUAUUUUUAGAGACAGGGUCUCCCUAUGUUGCCUCAGUGGGUCUAAACUCCUGGGUCUAAACUCCACUGUGUCUAGCCCAAGCCAUUCUUGAUAUCAGGGUACAAACUCCUUUGAGAAUCUGAUAGAAGGUAUGAACUCUUUCUAGAAAAAUCCCCCAUUCAGAAUUCUAGGGAAAGAAUUCAUAGACUUCUUGAAUCCCACUCAUGGAUCUCAGUUUUAAGAAUCCUGGUUCAUGCAAAUCAAGACCACAAUGAGACACCAUCUCACACCAGUCAGAAUGGCAAUUACUAAAACGUCAGGAAACAACAGAUGCUGGUGAGGCUGUGGAGAAAUAGGAACGCUUUUACACUGUUGGUGGGAAUAUAAAUUAGUUCAACCAUUGUGGAAGACAGUGUGGGGAUUCUUCAAGGAUCUAGAACCAGAAAUACCAUUUGACCCCGCAAUCUCAUUACUGGAAAUAUAAGCCAUUCUACUGUAAAGACACACGCACACGUAUGUUUAUUGGAGCACUAAUUACAAUGUCAAAGACAUGGAACCAACCCAAAUGCCCAUCAAUGAUAGACUGGAUAAAGAAAAUGUGGUACAUAUAUACCAUGUAAUACUAUGUAGCCAUAAAAAGGAAUGAGAUCAUGUCCUUUGGAGGGACAUGGAUGAAGCUGGAAGCCAUCAUCCUCAGCAAACUAACACAGGAACAGAAAACCAAACACUGCAUGUUGUCAUUCAUAAGUGGGAGUUGAACAAUGAGAACACAUGGACGCAGGGAGGGGAACACCACACACUGGGGCCUGUUGCAGAGUCUGGGGCAAGGGGAGGGAGAGCAUUAGGACAAAUAACUAAUGCAUUCAGGGCUUAAAAUCUAGGUGAUGGGUUGAUAGGUGCAACAAACCACCAUGGCACAUGUAUACCUAUGUAACAAACCUGCAUGUUCUGUACAUGUAUUCCGGAACUUAAAGUUAAAAAAAAAAAAAAAAAAAAAGACACUCUGACACAUGCUACAAUAUGGAUUAGGUAUCUAAAACAGUCAAAUUUCAUAGAGAGAAAAUGUAGAAUGGUAGUUGCCAGGGGCUGGAAGAGGGGAAUGAGGAGUUACAAUUUAAUGGGAACAGAGUUUCAAUUUUCAAAAAUAAGAAAGGAGUGGCGAUGGAUGGUGAUGAUGGUUGCAAAACAAUGUAAAUGUACUUAAGACCAAUAAGCUGAAUAUUUAAACAUAAAAGGAUCCUGAUUCAUAGAAAUCAGUAAACAAAACAUGAAAACUUAGUUUACCUAUAUAAAAAUAAUAUUAAUUAUGGUUGCUUACUCAAAUAGCUUAUAUUUCCAUAACAUGUGGUAUAGAAACUAUUUUGCAUAUAAUUAUGUUAGAUUAACUUUAUUGUAAGUUGGAUUUGGUUAUAAAAUUAAACUAGAAUCAGGCUCCACUUUAUCAGCUGUUAUGCAUGUGGCACAGAUUUCCUACUCACAAUUUUAAAAGGAAACAUUAGAGAGACCAUUUCUUAGGAGCUAGAAAGGUGCCUUUUGUUUUAUCUGUUAAAAUUAUUAUUUCCCAGGUUGGAAAUGUGUGCAUUUAUGGAAUCAAUUGGUAGGUGAGAGGCUGUGAGGCAAACUGGAAGGUGGUUAGGCUUCAAAAGACAGAAGAACUUGGGCUGGAAUCCCAGUACUUUUACCACUUGCAAGCUUAGCAAGUCCUUUAAACCCUGGCCUUCACGAACUUCACUCUUAAAGUGAAUAAAAGUACCUUUUUGAGAGGCUUCUACAAGGAUUUGGGACAAUGCAAACAAAAGUGCUCAAGCUGCACUAGAUCCUAAAUAAAUGGUGCUAUUUAUGGUGAGUCGGUAUUACACAACUAGUGGCUAUGGCACCCAGAGCUUCCAAUGCCAAAUCAUCAAACUGGCAUGAGAUUCCCGAGUCCAGGGGACAAUUGCUUACUUUGUUGGAGGAGGACCAGAUGUGAACAAGGCUGAUAAAUGUUGACAUUCCCAAAGCGCAGGGACGCCAGACGUGAGGUUACAGCAUGUCCUUCCUUUGCUAGUCCAAUGAAGCAUGACUUGUGAAUGUCACUUUUUUGGCUCUUCAGGAAGCCAGUGCAGUAACAAAGUGGCUUAAUGAUCCAAAACUAACACACACAAGGUAAGAACCAGUUCAAUAAUAACAUCGUUUCCUUCCUUACUGUUGACUUCCUUGUUUUUUCUUUCUUUGCUCUGUGAAUGUCAACACAAAGACUAAUAAAUCUUCUGACACUUUUUUUGUCUUCCAAGAAUACAUUUUCUUGUCUGGCUAAGGGCCAUCACCUUCCCUGACUCCUUUGGGAAUAAUGGGUGCAUUGCUUACAGUCACAACCACCGAUUUUCAGGCCAAAGUUUUCACGCGUUCGGUGGAAGGCAGUGUGGCAUGGUGGAAAAGGUAGAGGGCGAAGACUCAGGCCACCUGGUCCCCAUCAUCAUUUCUGCAUCUAUCUGUCUAUAUGAGGUGGGCUGAUGGCUGUGCCAGUUUCCUCAUUUGCACAGCGCACGAGGUCCCGCUUUGGGUGAGCUUUUUUCGCAUACAUGGUAAGCGGUGAUCGGCAGGACCCCGGAGCCCUCUCGGGCGUUCGGCUUGGGCUGCACUUGCCCUGUGUGGCCAACUGCGACUGUGUCGCCGUGACGGGAACGGCGGGUUGCGCGCGCAGCACCUUCGUCGCCUCCGGAUCCAGCGUCUCCGUUGCCAGGAAAACAGAGCGGCGCGCUUUCCGGCGCGGUCGCGGCGCGUCGCAGCUGUCAUGGCGGAGACCGUCUGGAGCACUGACACCGGGGAGGCAGUGUAUCGCUCCCGGGACCCCGUGCGCAACUUGCGCCUCCGAGUCCACCUGCAAAGAAUCACAUCAAGCAACUUUCUUCAUUAUCAGCCUGCUGCCGAGCUCGGGAAGGACCUCAUAGACUUGGCCACUUUUAGGCCUCAGCCAACUGCCAGUGGACACCGCCCGGAGGAAGACGAAGAGGAGGAGAUUGUGAUUGGGUGGCAGGAGAAGCUCUUUAGCCAGUUUGAAGUAGAUCUGUACCAAAAUGAAGCAGCCUGUCAGAGUCCUUUGGAUUAUCAGUACCGUCAGGAGAUCCUGAAGCUGGAGAAUUCGGGUGGCAAGAAGAACCAACGAAUCUUUACCUACACUGACUCUGACAGAUACACCAAUUUGGAGGAGCACUGCCAGAGAAUGACCACUGCAGCCAGUGAGGUGCCUUCAUUCUUGGUCGAGCGAAUGGCAAAUGUCAGGCGGCGCCGGCAGGACAGGCGGGGGAUGGAAGGCGGCAUCCUCAAGUCACGCAUCGUUACCUGGGAGCCCUCAGAAGAGUUCGUCAGGAACAACCACGUCAUUAACACCCCUCUUCAGACAAUGCACAUCAUGGCAGACCUGGGGCCCUGUAAAAAGCUUGGCUAUAAGAAGUAUGAACAUGUCCUGUGUACUCUGAAGGUGGAUAGCAAUGGUGUGAUCACAGUAAAGCCUGACUUCACAGGCCUCAAAGGACCCUACAGGAUUGAGACAGAGGGGGAGAAGCAGGAGCUGUGGAAAUAUACGAUCGACAAUGUUUCUCCCCUCGCACAGCCAGAGGAGGAGGAGCGGGAACGGCGAGUGUUCAAAGAUCUUUAUGGCCGGCACAAGGAGUAUCUUAGCAGCCUCGUAGGCACUGACUUUGAGAUGACUGUCCCAGGUGCCCUCCGGCUCUUUGUAAAUGGAGAGGUAGUUUCAGCCCAAGGCUAUGAGUAUGACAAUCUCUACGUCCACUUCUUUGUAGAAUUGCCAACUACUCACUGGUCAAGCCCAGCAUUCCAGCAGCUCUCAGGAGUAACACAGACCUGCGCCACCAAGUCCCUGGGAAUGGACAAGGUGGCUCACUUCUCCUACCCAUUCACGUUUGAAGCCUUCUUCCUCCAUGAGGAUGAAUCUUCUGAUGCACUCCCGGAGUGGCCUGUGCUCUACUGUAAGGUCCUCUCGCUGGACUUCUGGCAGAGGUACCGUGUGGAAGGCUAUGGGGCUGUGAUGCUGCCUGCCACUCCAGGCUCACACACCCUGACAGUCUCCACGUGGAGACCUGUGGAGCUUGGCACGGUGGCUGAGCUGAGGAGGUUUUUCAUUGGCGGUUCUCUGGAACUGGAGGACCUCUCCUAUGUGCGGAUACCAGGAUCCUUCAAGGGGGAACGCCUGAGCCGCUUUGGACUCCGCACAGAGACCACAGGCACUGUCACCUUCCGCUUGCACUGUCUGCAGCAGUCCAGGGCCUUCAUGGAAUCGAGCUCCCUUCGGAAAAGGAUGCGGAGUGUGUUGGACCGUCUGGAAGGGUUCAGCCAGCAGAGUUCCAUUCACAAUGUGCUAGAGGCCUUCCAUCGAGCCCGGCGCCGCAUGCAGGAGGCCCGGGAAAGCCUCCCGCAGGACCUAGUGAGCCCCUCUGGAACCCUGGUCUCCUAGCUCACAGCAGCCCUGGCCCACAGUGCAAGAGGACAAGAUGGAGGAUAUCUGAGGCCAGUGCUCUCCUGCCUCUUCGUCUUUCUGAUUAGAGACCACGUUGGUCUGCUGAGAACCAGAAAAGCUGGGAAAUUCCCGGCUGGCCCCUCUGCCUAGCCUUCUGUUCUCCCUACCCUGUGGAAAUAAAGCCAGAGACCCUGUGGCCCCCCCUUUAUAUUUGCAACCACUGUAAAUGGGCAUCACAGCAAGGCAGGCUUUUUGAUCUGAAGCUGUUUGGGGUGACCCCAUAGUGAGUCUGACCUUGACUCACUUUUCUGGCUUGUCUCACAGUAGCAGGGGGAUGCAGGGAUCUGCUGUUCUCCACCCUUUAAAAAUGGAGCCUUUCAUCUUCCAAGACCAAAGAAGGAAGGAAGGUGGAUGGUGACAGGGGUCUUAAAUCCCCAGCCUGUGAGUCUCAGCCUCUUUCCAGGGAAGCCUCAUUCUACUGCUUGGGGCUUGCUGAGGUUGAGAUAUGAGUUAUUUCUGAGUAAGUGAAGGCUGAAGCAGUGCUGAGUCCUUUCUGCUAGCUGGGUGGUAUCUUUUACUGUGUUUUUUUGUUUGUUUUUUGUUACAUAAACCCCUUUUAUUUUGACUGA